CCACACCCGCCGACCCUCUCGCGCCCCCCCACAGGCUCUACCCACACGCCUUAUACACGCCACAGCUCGCAGCAAUGUCUGGCAGCGGGGCCAGAGAAGCCGUCUUCCCCACGCGCCAGUCGCUGGGGCUGAUGAAGACGAAGCUCAAGGCCGCACAGCAGGGCCACGACCUGCUGAAGCGCAAGAGCGAAGCCCUGACAAAACGCUUCCGAGAAAUCACACGCCGCAUCGACGAGGCCAAGCGCAAGAUGGGCCGCGUCAUGCAGGUCGCCGCCUUCUCGCUCGCCGAAGUCUCGUACGCCGUCGGCGGCGACAUUGGCUACCAGAUCCAGGAGUCGGCCAAGCAGGCCCGUUUCCGCGUGCGCACCAAGCAGGAGAACGUCUCCGGUGUGUUCCUGCCGCAGUUUGAGAGCUACACCGUCGACGCCAACAACGACUUUGCCCUGACGGGCCUGGGCAAGGGCGGCCAGCAGAUCCAGCGCUGCAGGGAGACGUAUGCGCGCGCCGUCGAGACCCUGGUCGAGCUGGCCAGUCUGCAGACGGCCUUUGUCAUCCUGGACGAGGUCAUCAAGGUCGUCAACCGCCGCGUCAACGCCAUCGAGCACGUCAUCAUCCCCCGCACCGAGAACACGAUCAAGUACAUCAACUCGGAGCUCGACGAGCUGGACCGCGAGGAGUUUUACCGCCUGAAGAAGGUCUCGGCGAAGAAGAAGGGCGACGCCGCCGCCGAGGAGGCCAUACGGCAGGAGAAGAAGGCCGCCGAGGCCGCCAAAGAGGAGGGCCAGCCGCAGAAAGCAGCAGACAAGGCCACCGACAGCAAAGACAUGCUGGGUGACGACGACAACCAGGACGUCAUCUUCUAGCAGUCUAGCGUGGCACAUGACAACAGCGACCGUUUUGCAGAUAUCAUAGACGUGACAACGCGACCGUUUUGCACAUGUCACAGACGUGACAACAGCGACCUUUUGCAGAUAUCACAGACGUGACAACAGCGACCGUUU